UUUGUGAAGGAACGACAUUUUGGUGGUGGUUUUUUAACAAAACGUGAAACAGAGGAUGGGGAAAAGCCGAAGAGUAAAAAGGAGUGGAUUGAUGAAAUCAUAGCAGAGUCAAAGAAAAAGAAAGCUGAAGCUAAAAAAGAUAAGGAAGAGCAGUAUGAAGCUGUCAGUAAACUGGAUGCAAAUUUGAAUACUUUCCUGAUGAUGAUGUCGGGGAAAACAAUGAAAGAUGAGGAUAAAUUAGAGGCAAAAAAGAACUGUGAAUUUCGAGAUUAUGACACUUUAGUGAAAGAGCUAGGAUUUGAUCGCACUGGAAAAGCAAAAACCUCUAGUAAAUUAAAGACUCCUGAAGAACUGAUAAAGGAAGAAAAAGAAAAACUGUUAGCCCUAGAAGCUGACAGGGUACGCAGAAUGAAAGGAGAACCAGAAACAUCAAAGCAAACCUCACGAAGUGCAGAUGACUUAGAUGAUGGGUUAACUUUCACUGAAGAUGACAGAUUCCAUUUGAGCUAUAAAGAUGGUGCAAUGCUUGAAGAAGAGGAAGGUAAUGAUGACAGUGACCCAGAAGAUGGCAACAGAAAUAUGGAUGAGGAGGGAGCAGAAGGUGAAGAAGCUGAGAAUGAGGAUGAGGGUGUUGACAGUGAUUUGGAAAGUGGUGAUGAUCUAGAAGAUGACGAAAGUGACAAAUAUUCUGAUAUAUUUGAUGAGGAAAGUGGUGAAGAAGAUUAUAAUGACCAAAAUGAUAUAUCAGAAAAAGAAAAGGCAAAGGAUCAGUCAGCAGCUGGAGAUAAAAGGAAAGAAGUAAUGGAAGCUGCUCGUAAGGAAAUUCCUUAUACUUUCGAAGUCCCACAGGAGUAUGAUGCCUUUUGGGCUUUACUAGAAAAUCGAUCACCAAAAGAAGUUGGUGUCAUAUUAGAGCGAACGAUUGCAUGUAACCAUCCAAGCUUGGGUGCCCAAAAUAAGGAUAAAUUUGAGGAUCUAUCUACAUACAUAUUACAGACUUUGAACGUUCUGACAGAGGAAAGUGGAGACUCUCCUGUCAGAGGAGUGCCACCAAUGUCAUAUAUUGAUGAACUUAUACCUCAUCUAUACACUGUCACAACAGCUUGCUCUUCUGGUGUUGCAAAUUCAUUCCGUCAGGUAUUAGAAGAAAAAUAUGAGGACUGCUCAAAAGUUGAAUUCAAAAGAUAUCCAAUGGCUGAUUGUUUUGUGUUCUUGAAAGUUGCUGGUGUCCUUUUUCCAUCUUCUGACUACAUCCAUCCUGUGAUGACCCCUGUUAUUACAUUUUUGUCACAGCUCUUAGGGCAAGCCAAAGUCAGCACUAAAAGAGAUAUCACAGCAGCUUUGUUUACAGCUUAUCUCUUGUAUGAGUAUUUAAGUAUGUCCAAGAGAUUUGUACCGGAAUUGCCAAAUGCCCUGAAUGGACUACUGUCAUUGUCAGUAGAGGCAAAGAAAAAAGUGAAACUUCCAAUAAAUCCGCCUUUUAAACGCUUUGGUGCUGCAUCGUCUUUGUUACUAUUAGAAAACAACAUUGAAGAGGAAAAAUUGCCAAAGUUGUCUCUUGCUUCUUUAAAUGACAAGGGAAAGGAAAUAACUGAUAAUUUCAAGGUAAACAUCUUGAGUAAAACAGUGAAACUUCUCCAUUGUCUAUGUGAUUGUUGGUCAAAGCUUCCAUCAGUCAAGGCUGUGAUGGAGCCAACUGCCAAAAUCCUUGAAGCCAUCUGUUUAGAUCAUUACCCGAAUUCACUAAAGGAGAUGAUUACCAGACUAAAGAGUGCCAUUGACUGUUUGCCGGGACCGAAACGGGCAUUAGUCAAGGAAGCAAAGAAACCCAAGUCCCUAAAGAUGUAUGAACCAGUAAUUGAAAGAGUAAUUGAAGGCAUGAAGAAAUCUGUUGGUACCAAAGACUUCCAGGAAAAACAGAAACUCUUACAGAAGUUGAAGAGAGAGCGAAAGGGUGCAAAGCGAGAAAUCCAAAGGGACACAGCAUUCUUAGCCAGGCAACAACUCAUGGAAACUUUGCAAAGUGAUGCUGAACGAAAGAGGAAGGUCAACCAGAUCAUGGCUGGACUUCAGAGUCAAGAGAGCGAUCACAAGAAAUUGAAGUUGAAAAAGUUUUAAAUUCUUAAUGUUUAGGGUAGUUUUAUAUUGUCUAAAAUUAUCUUAUUAUCAAUUUAUUUUAUAUAUAAUAAUGAAAAUUUUACUUCUC